GGAAAAGCUAAGAGUAUUUCGUAAAGCAUAGAGCAUGGAGUACUAUAGAGGAUAGAGCGUUAUUAAGUCAAAGCCCAAGCUCCAGUAGCGAAGGAAACCCUGUCAAUCCACCGUAACCCCUGCCCUUCCCUAUUCCACGUCGCAACUCGCGCAUCCCGUCCAAAGGCACAAACGCACGACGCACGGCGGCGGCGGGCGGCGCGCGGUUCCGCGGCUGCACUAUAUCUAGCUAGCUAGCUCAUCACGCCCAAAGAAAAAGACACAUCAAGAUCCAUCUUUGUAUAGCUACUGAUAGCUAGUUAGUUUCAGGCUUGCGGCUCGUGAAUACCUCAUCUUUUUUAGCCACUUUGCCACCAGCAGGCCAUCUCGAUCGAUCACGAGGAACCCACGGCCGGCGUCGCCAUUGUUGCUGUAACUUGCAAGCUUUCCCUUUCGCCUUUUUCCUUCCACCUCCCUCGCUCGUCCUCGUGUGCGAGCUAUAUAUAUAUAUAUAUAUAAAAGCGCGCCGAUGGAGCAGCAGCAGGUGAGGGGGAGGAGGAGGAGAAACGGCGUGCUGCAGGUGCAGGACGGCUCGGAGAUCCGUUCUCUCGUGGAGAACAAGGAGGCGUUCACUAGGUUCGUCGACGACCGAUUCCAGAAGCUCGACGCCGAUGGCGACGGGAGGCUGUCGGUGAGAGAGCUCCAGCCGGCCGUUGCUGACAUCGGUGCCGCCAUAGGGCUGCCGGCGAGAGGGUCGUCGCCGCAGGCGGACCACAUCUACGCGGAGGUCCUAAACGAGUUCACUCAGGGGAAGCAAGACUCGGUGAGCAAGCCGGAGUUCCAGCGGGUGCUGUCCGACAUACUCCUUGGGAUGGCGGCUGGGCUGAAGAGGGACCCGAUUGUGAUCCUGAGGAUAAACGGGGAGGACCUGAAUGAGUUCGUCGAGAGUCCGAGGUAUGAGCCUGAAGCCAUGGCCAUAUUUUCACAAGUGGGAGUGGGAGUGGGAGUGGGGUCUGACAACAACGCAACGCCAAAGCUGCGCCAGUGCUUGUUGGCCGCUCUUGGACAGCUCACGGUCGACCAUGGCAUGCCACCAGCUUCUGAUUCCUGGGUCAUGGAGAAUGUUGUGGAGCCUGCGUUGCAAGAGCUGUCUGCUAAUCAGCUCGAUCAGCCUGUUUCCCAGGAAGUCUUCUUCCAAGAAUUCAGGAAAUUUCUGGGCAUCAUGGCUCUAAGACUGCAACAGCACCCUGUGAUCGUCGCCCAUACAGAGAACACCUUUGACGGGAGUGGUAUCAGGAGGCUACUGUCGAACAAGUUCGAAUUAGACAAGCUGCUGGAUUCUGUAUGGAGAGACGUUCCGAAAGAACACAAAGAUAAAACGUCGAAGGAGUACCUCCGGAUUGCGCUUGAUAGGAUUGCCGAUUCAGCGAGUCUGCCACCUUUUGGAGCCGUCGAUCAGGUUGAUGCUGUGGUGAACGAAGCAUUCAAGAUGGCGAAAGCUGACGAAAUGAAGGCGGUGGACGAAGCAGAGUUCAAGAAGCUGCUGACGGAGAUUCUUGGGGCCAUCAUGCUGCAGUUGGACGGCAACCCGAUCGGUGUCUCAACCAACACCGUCGUCCAUGAGCCCAUGUCCACCUCCUCCGCGCUGUUGUCACCGACGCCGCUGUCUCCAAUGGUGUCCUCACCAAGUGAAUAAGGAGGAAAGUCGACAACUGACGAAAUGAUGGAGACGAAGAAUCUCCAUUGAGCACCGGCCCGUGUGAUGCUGAGUUUUCUUCUGUGGUCACAGGAUAAUAAUAAUAACAUGUUAGAUUGCUAGUAACUUGUGGAUUGUUCAUCUUGCAUGUAACUUGUGUCUGUUGAAAUAAGGCUUUCCCAAGCCAGACGACGUGCAUAUUACUAAUGGCUGAUGUUCGGUUCUUUCUUGUUAAAAAAAAAGAUGGGCGUGCA